UGCACCAUGAGAAACAGAUAUCUAUGCUUAUUGCCAGGACUCUCUGUGCUGCUACUGUUGUCAUUGGGAGCUGCAUCUCAGAACUCUGCAGCCUGUGCCCAGUGGUGCCCUCCAAACGCCAUGUGUGUCAACACCACUGCCUGUCGCUGCAAGCCAGGAUUCAUUUCCUCAACGGAGGAGAUCUUCAGUGACCCCACACGGACUUGUGAUGACAUCAACGAGUGUACAUCACCCAGCGGGGUGGACUGCGGAAAAUUUGCAAACUGCCAGAACAUGGAAGGGAGCUACUACUGCACAUGCAUCCCAGGAUAUGGGCUCACUUCCGAGGCUAAAACUUUCCAGAAUAAGAGUGAGAACACAUGUCAAGAUGUAGACGAAUGUCAGCAGAACCCCAGAAUCUGUAAAAGCCACAGCAUCUGCAUCAACACCCUGGGCAGCUACACCUGCCAGUGCCCACCUGGCUUUGUGAUCAAAGCAGAGGACCUGAAGCUGUGCACAGAUGUGAAUGAAUGCACCUCUGGAUGAAACCCUUCAAACUCCACCCACUGUCUCAACAAAGUAGGCACCUAUGAGUGCCGCUGCCGCUGGGGCUGGAAGCCAAUUCCCGGGUCUCCUAAUGGCCCAAACAACACCAUCUGCGAAGAUAUGGAUGAGUGCAGCUCCGGGCGGCAUCUGUGCCACAAGUCUGCUGUCUGCGUCAACACAGUGGGAUCAUACACAUGCCACUGCAGCCUGGGCUGGAAGCCAAAAGCUGGGGUCCCAACCAGCCAAAAGAACCCUGUCUGUGAAGUCCCUGCAGAGAUACCUUUCACCCACUGGACCCUACCCCCAGGUGUCAACAGCCAGAGUCUCUCUGCCUUCUUUGACAAAAUCCAGGAUCUGGGCAGAGACUUGGAGUCAGCCUCAGCCCAGGACACCAUCAAGGACCUCAUGCAGCUGGUAGAUGAGCUGCUGGAGACCCUGCCCCGCUCACAGCAGCACUAUGUGGCCACUCACCUACUGGUUGGCCUGGAGGACGUCCUGAGAGGACUGAGCAAGACCCUGCCUGAUGGGCUGUUGACCUUCAAUUACUCUGCAGGCACAGAACUGUCCCUGGAGGUACAGGACCAAGGAGACAGGAAUGUCACCUUGACUCAGAAUCAGGCAAAGAUGCAACUGAACUGGAAUCUGGCACAGAAACCUGGUGACACAGGCCCUUCUGUGGUGGGCCUUGUGUCCACUCCAGGGAUGGGCAAGUUGCUGGCCGAGGCCCCACUGGUCCUGGAUCCUGAGCAUCUGGCAGCUCUGCAUGAAACACACAAGGGCUGGCUGCAGGAUGUCCCCCCAGUCCUGCUCUCAGAUGUCACCUCUGCCUUUCUGAGCAACAAGAACACCCAGAACCUCAGCUCCCCAGUUACUUUCACCUUCUCCCAUCAUUCAGUGAUCCCUAGGCCAAGGCAGAAUGUAUUCUGUGCCUUCUGGGAGCGUGGCCAGAGUGGAUGUGGACAUUGGGCCACCACAGGCUGCAGGACAGUGGACCCCAGAGACACCAGCACCACCUGCUGCUGCACCCACCUCAGCACCUUUGCCGUCCUCAUGGCGCACUACGACGUGCAGGAAGACCGUCUGGUGCUGACCUUCAUCACCUACGUGGGGCUGGGCCUCUCUCUGUUGUGCCUCCUCCUGGCAGCCCUCACCUUCCUCCUGUGCAAGGCCAUCCAGAACACCAGCAACUCCCUGCACCUGCAGCUCUCCAUCUGCCUCUUCCUGGUCCACCUCCUUUUCCUCACAGCAAUUGAUCAAACCAAACCCAAGAUGCUGUGCGCCAUCAUCGCAGGUGCCCUACACUAUCUGUACCUGGCCUCCUUCACCUGGAUGCUGCUGGAGGGCCUGCACCUCUUCCUCACUGCACGGAACCUGAUGGUGGUCAGCUACUCCAGUGGGAGCACAUUCAUGAGGAGGCUCAUGUUUCCUGUGGGCUAUGGAGUCCCAGCUGUGAUUGUGGCCAUUUCUGCAGCAUCCAGACCUCACCUUUAUGGAACACCUGCCCGGUGCUGGCUCCACCCAGAAAAGGGAUUUAUAUGGGGCUUCCCUGGACACGUCUGUACCAUCUUCUCUGUAAAUUUGGCUUUCUUUUUGAUGACCCUCUGCAUUUUGAGAAACAGACUAUCCUCUCUCAACAGUGAAGUGUCUACCCUUCAGAAUGCAAGGAUGCUGACAUUUAAAGCGACAGCUCAGCUCUUCAUCCUGGGCUGCACCUGGUGUCUGGGCAUUCUGCAGGUGGGUCCAGCGGCCCAGGUGAUGGCCUACCUCUUCACCAUCAUCAACAUGCUGCAGGGUGUCUUCAUCUUCCUGGUCUACUGCUUCCUCAGCCAGCAGGUCCGGGAGCAGUACAGGACAUGGUUUAAAAAGAUCAGGAAAUUGAGACCUGAGGCUGAGAUGUACACACUCUCCAGCAGGGCUGUAUCUGACAUGUGCUAA